AAAAAUGAUCUGUUAUGCCCGCCCUCUAGCCCCUAUGUAUUCGUCCCGUUGCUUUACUCCGACCGAGUUUGACCGAGAAACCAGGAAAGAAGAAGAAAAAGAAACGGGGAUAAACUAAAUACGUUAGGAAGAGGCCGAGAAUACGAGACGGAUAUUGUCUUGAAGUGUGGUGACAACAGCCCCACUUCAAACGAGGGGACAAGCAAGCAUACAGUAUUGACUACACCUGACACAGUAUCUUUUGCCUUAUCCACCUUCCUCUUUCUGGGCCUUGUGGUUUGGCAAACUUAAUCUACUCUACCCAUGAGCCCCUGCAAAUAGGGCUCCACCUUUGACCUUGGCCUGACCUCUCACCUCUUCUCCAAAGCCACACCCCUUGGCGAAGAGUGUAUGGAACAGUGUGAGAGCGCUGCGGCUCUCCUGGAGUCGGUGAGGGAGCAGGAGGUGCAGUUUGAACAGCUGACCAGAGCGCUGGAGGAGGAGAGGAGGAGAGUGAGCCUGCUCAGCCCCCCGUCCCGCCCCCUCCCCCACACACAGAACGGGCGUCUGGGGGAUGCGGACAUAGAACGACUGAAACUGAGUGAGGGAUACAUUAACGGGACACAGUACAUGAUGGUGGACCCAGCACAUGGCUCUCUAGACGAGAGCUACACACCAGAAGGUGAUUCCCAGGAAGUACACUCCGCCUUCUCAGACGAUGGAACCAAUGGAUGGCGGGCAGGGAAUGCGAUGAAGGUGAUCACCUCACGUACUGUCCUGCCCUCUGAUUCGAUGUCCAUUGACGGGGGAGUGUCUGUCUCGGGCAUGGGCGGUUACAGUGCCACUCUGGACCGUUCCUACAGGCAGGGUGGAGGGGGGGACUACCCCACAGCCACGGUCCCCAGGAACUACCACUACGGUCCCGCGGGGGGUUACGACGACUACAGGAGCGCCCCGCCUUCUGAGGCCUACACUAGCCUGAGCAGAGGCACACGCAUGGACGACCGCUACAGACCUGCGGAUGGGUACAGGACACUUGACUCUGGGUACCGUGCCCCCAGUAGACAGCAGCUGGACCCCUACGCAGCCCAGCCCCAGGUGGGGCGAGGGGUGAGGGGCAUGGGAAGUGCCCUGGAGCUGGGGGGCAUGCGCUACGCCCACCAGGGCCACUAUGGCAUGGAGGAUGACCAGAGGAGUCUGGGAUAUGAUGAUGUGGAGUACAGUAUGGCUCCUCCCACCAUGCAUCCAGGAUACGGCACCAUGCCACGACUAGGCCCAGGCCCAGGAGGACUGGACAGACGCAGGCUCAGGAGUUGUGAGGACACUUUGGAAGGGGACAUGGGAGGAGUCGACACCUACACCUGGGGCGUCAACAUGGAGAGAGGAAGUAUGGCGUCAUUGGACAGCACCCUGAGGAAGGGUCCGCCCACAUCCUGGAGACAGCCAGAGCUCCCUGAGGUCAUCGCCAUGUUGAACUACAGGCUGGACCCGGUCAAAACCAACGCUGCUGCCUUCCUCCAGCACCUCACCUUCAAGAACGACAAGGUGAAAUCGGAGGUGCGUCGUUUAAAGGGGAUCCCUUCUCUGGUCUCGUUGCUGGACAACCCCAAGAGGGAUGUACACCACUCGGCUUGCGGGGCGCUCAAGAACAUCUCGUACGGACCAGACCACGACAACAAGAUCGCCAUCAAGAACUGUGAUGGCAUCCCCGCCUUAGUCCGGCUACUGAGGAAGGCCAGAGACCAAGACCUCACUGACACCAUUACAGGCACAUUGUGGAACCUAUCGUCUCACGACUCGGUGAAGAUGGAGAUCGUGGACCACGCUUUACAUGCCCUCUCAGAUGAGGUGAUGGUGCCACACUCUGGCUGGGAGAGAGGGAGUGACGGAGGGGAGGAGAGCCUCAAACCACGCCACCUGGAGUGGGAGACGGCCCUCACCAACACAGCUGGCUGUCUGAGAAACGUGAGCUCAGAACGUAGUGAGGCCAGGAGGAAGCUGAGAGAGUGCGCAGGAUUGGUGGACUCACUGAUGUACAUUGUCCAAUCACAGAUCAACCGCAAAGAUGUGGACAACAAGUUGGUGGAGAACAGUGUUUGUCUGCUGAGGAAUCUGUCCUAUCAGGUUCACCGAGAGGUUCCCGGCUGCGAGCGCUACCAGGAGGCCGCACCUCUAAACCAGGGCCCCACCCCCGGCUCCAACAAGGCCGGCUGCUUCGGCUCACGGAAGGGCAAAGAUGAGUGGUUUUCCAAAGGUAAGAAGGAUGCUGAUGACGGGAGUGUGGACCAGGUUGAUAUUCCGAAGAGGACAAUGCCUGCCAAAGGCUAUGAGCUGCUGUUCCAGCCAGAGGUGGUGCGUGUGUACACGUCGCUGUUGCGAGAGAGCCAGAACCCCUCAGUGCUGGAGGCCGCAGCCGGGGCUGUACAGAACCUGUGUGCCGGACGCUGGACUUAUGGUCGCUAUAUCCGGGCCACGGUGCGUCUGGAGAAGGGCCUGCCCAUGAUGGCAGAGCUGCUGGCUCAUGGGAAUGACCGCGUGGUCAGAGCCAUGUCGGGAGCCCUGAGGAACCUGGCCAUCGACAAUCGCAACCGCGAGCUGCUCGGUAAGCACGCUGUGCCCCACCUGGUGGCAGACCUGCCGGGUGGCCAGAGCCAGUCGGCACGACCUCUGUCUGAGGAGACGGUGGUGUCUGUACUGAGCACGCUCACUGAGGUGCUGGGCAACAGCCUGGAGGCCGCCAAGACCCUUAGGGCCUCCCAAGGCAUCGAGAGACUGGUACUCAUCAACAAGGAUGGUAAGCGGUCUGAGCGGGAGGUGCGUGGGGCAGGCCAGGUGUUACAGCUGGUCUGGGGACACAAGGAUCUGCGACGCCCCCUGGAGAAGGACGGCUGGAAGAAGACCGACUUCAUGGUGAACCUCAACCCCCCCACCAACGGCCCCUCUACACGCACCAAUGGGACCUACGAGGACACUACCAUGCCACUGCUAGACAGAGGGGAGAAGAGGGACAUGAUUCCACUGAAUGACCUAGGGCCUGAAGCCUACUCUACACUGGACCAGAGGGAGAGGAGACACACUCUGGACAACUCCCUCAACGCCACAGACACUUUACAGCGUGGGGUGUAUGGAGGCAGAAAGGGUUCACUGCCUCUGUUGGACUCCUACGAUGGUUAGCCCCCCUCUCCCCCUCUGCAUGUAACAGCAUGAAAAACUGAUAGUGUGCAUCACCCAGAGUGAGCUGCCCCUGCCCUACCACUGCUACUGAGGAGAGACCCACAGACUUGCUCUCAUCCCCCUCUUUCGCUCCUUCCAUCACAUGUCUGUGGUUAUGAAGAUGAGGGUUGGGAUCCAAAGAAAGCAGUUGUGUUGCAAUCAGAAAUCUAACACUCAAACUGACACCACACACACACGGAUCAUAGUAGCAUCAGAAAUAUAUCUAAAGUUUUAUUGAUAUUCCCUUUUUUCAAAGCUAUCAUCUUUGUUUGACAAUCAUUGUUUAUUUCUGUUGUUUCUAUGGUUACUUACAUCCAACAUUUGGCUCAGUGAGCGUUCCCUGUCGUUCGUUAGAUUUAUCGUCCUCAUACUCAUCCAUGUGUUUUGUCGUUGUGAAUCAGAUUGCUGCAUCCUGAGAUGAAUGUAUUUUUAAAUAUCUGUAGGGUAUGUAUAUAAAAAGAGGACAUGUUUGGUUGGUAAGGGAGGUGUCUGCCUUCAAGGUUGAUUUUAAUUUAAAUAGUGCCCAGAUUGGGAUUGGUGAGUGGGAAGUGACUGGUGGACCAAUGGGGCUCGGCCUCAUAGAUUCAGAAUGUUUCUAUAGGAGUUAUUUUAAUCUCUUCUAGUUAUCUUCGUCUGGUUGGUUUUGGGUUAGUUGGGAGAGUUUAAGGUCAGUGUUUGUGUGUGAGUGCCAUACAGGAGAUCUGUGUGAGAUGGAUGUGUGUGAGAGCUUUGUUAACGAACAAAAACCAUAUGACCAUGUAUUUUAAAGGAUUUCAUUUUGUGCUUUCAUGCGUUUUUCUACUCCUGUGGCAAAUAUUUAUUUUAUUUGUCUGUUCUUUUCAAUUGUGGCUUUUACAGGUUUACCAACUGCAUCUUUUGUUGAGUGAUGACCUUUUUUUUUUUUUUUAGUGUCUGUUUCCCCUAAUGUAAAGAUAUGACCGUUAGACUGCCGUCUUACCCUCCUGAAAUGUUAACUAUGGCUGUGUGGAUUAGCUGGAAUACUACAGCUUCUGCUGUGCAGGUAGCUGGAAUACUACAGUUCACACACUGAUAAAAAGCACCACAGCUCUUCGUCCUACAUUGCCCAUACACUAGAUAACGUUCCAACACUAAACUACAACACUAGGAACUCAUUCCCCACACUACUAUACAGAACCCCACUACAGACCUGGGGCUUAUUCAAUCGGAUGGGUUGUUUAGAAAUGUAUUGCAUAGAACUCACAAGAUUCUUUAUUCUGCAUGUUAGACAUUAUUAGUGUCUGUUUUAAUAAAAGACAGUUCUCUGAACCACCUAUAAUGCUAAUCACACAGUCAGUACUUAAUGUUACACCGGACAGAGCAAUGUGCCGCUGAUAUGGACCAAUGACAAUGGUUGAAAAGGAGAAUGAGGUUGGUCUUCUCUAUAAAUGACAUUUGUUACAUAUUGAGAGUAUUGGUUUCCUCAGAGGUGACUCGGGUGUCAACACAGCGGGACCAGCCUAAGGGGAAAACACUAAAAGCACAUUUUGGUAUAGAAGAUCUGUUCUUUGUGCUUAAUUUGGUGCCUGUGUUUUUAAUAUUUUGUUUUCUGAUUUGGGAAUGGUUGUUGAGUGAUGGGUGAAGCAUAUGCAACCUGUUAUAGUUUUUAUUCUGUUUUUACCACUUUCUUUGAAUGGCAAGAGAACAAUUCCACAUGCAUAAUUUCUUGUUAUUAUUGCCUAUUCAUGUACAAUGAUGAUGAACAUACCUGCCUUGGCUCUGAAAAGUUUCUUUUUCACUAAGAAUAUGUAACUGGCAAUACUGUUUUAUAAAAUAAAGAUCUUUUCUCAGACCA